UACCUGAGAGAUCCGAACCUGAAGAAAGAAUCAAGCAUUACUCUCUGAUUCAUUUUGAGGACCUUGGAUCUUCUCAUCAUGGCAGACAACAACAACAAAGACAGUAGUACAGUGCAAGAGCUCAAAAGCAACAACAAAUACUUCAAUUUGCCUCUCCUUGUUUUCUUCGAAGAUGCAAGGAAAGUGUUCAAUUUGGAUUCCAUUGGUAGGGAAUUACUGGGAAUGGCAAUUCCUGCUGCUAUGGCUGUGGCUGCAGAUCCCAUUGCUUCUCUCAUCGACACUGCUUUCAUAGGCCACAUAGGAGCUGUGGAACUUGCUGCUGCUGGAGUAUCCAUAACACUGUUCAACCAAGCUUCAAGGAUCACCAUUUUCCCUCUGGUCAGUGUCACUACAUCGUUUGUAGCAGAAGAAGACACUCUCAAGAAAAUUACAGACAUUGAAAAAGCUUUACCCAACAAAGACAACAACGAUGAGAGUGACAGUGUGGAGAAGAAUAGUGGUGAUAAGAAUAUCGUCAGCACAAACACGGCCAAGUCAUGUUCUUCCUUGGAUGCAAUUAGUAGCAGUAAGAAUAACAAGAGCAAGAAGAAGAAGAAACAAAUAGCUUCAGCAUCAACAGCUUUAAUAUUUGGAACAAUUCUUGGACUCAUCCAAGCAUCACUCCUUGUUUUUGCUGCCAAACCUCUUUUACUUCUCAUGGGUGCCAAACAUGAUUCUGAUAUGCUGAUUCUCGCCCAAAAGUUCUUGAAACUGAGAGCACUGGGUUCUCCUGCUGUUCUUCUAGCUUUGUCUAUGCAAGGAAUCUUCCGAGGCUUCAAGGACACCACGACUCCCUUAUAUGUUAUUGUUAGCGGGUAUUCACUAAAUGUGGUAUUGGACCCAAUACUUAUAUUUUACUGCAAGUUAGGCCUCCAAGGUGCAGCCAUGGCUCAUGUCUUCUCACAGUACCUGAUGGCACUUGCUCUCUUGGUGUUGUUAAUGAGAAAAGUUAAUCUCUCACCUCCUAGUAUCAAGGACUUGCAGAUUUUUCGUUUCCUUAAAAAUGGAGGGUUGUUGAUGGCAAGAGUAGUGGCAGUAACUUUUGUGGUGACAUUUGCAGCAUCAUUAGCAACAAGGUUGGGUCCAAUUACUAUGGCUGCUCACCAAACUUGUCAACAAGUUUGGAUCACUUCUUCACUUAUUUCUGAUGGUUUAGCUGUUGCUAUUCAGGCGAUUUUGGCAUGUUCAUUUGCUGAGAAAAACUAUGCAAAGGCCAAAGCAUCAGCUGUAAGGAUACUUCAGAUGACUUUUGUGAUGGGAGUAGGACUCUCUCUCAUUGUGGGCCUUGGAUUGGGCUUUGGAGCUGGCAUCUUCUCCAAAACCCCAAGUGUUCUCCACCUCAUCAAAAUAGGUUUCCCUUUUGUAGCAGCAACACAGCCAAUCAAUGCAUUAUCCUUUGUAUUUGACGGAGUCAACUAUGGAGCUUCUGAUUUUACAUAUGCUGCCGUCUCCUUGGUAUUGGUCUCAAUUGUGAGCGUUGGAAUCGAAUUUGUGCUGUAUAAAACCAAAGGGUUCAUUGGGAUAUGGAUUGCUUUGACUAUAUAUAUGGCUCUUCGCAUGCUUGCUGGAAUUUGGAGGAUGGGAACAGGAACAGGACCUUGGCGUUUUCUUAGAGGUUGAUUGCCUUAUCAAUAUAUCAUCAUUAUACAAAAUAAAGCCGGAACAAAGUCAUACAAUUGACAUUAUAUUCCUCAGAUUCUAUACAAUAUGUAGAAAAUGUGUCUGAUUGAUUAUACAUUAUAUGUCACUAGAGAUAGUAGGAGAUCAGCAGAGACCACAACUUUUGAGUUUUUAAAUUUUUCUUAGUAUUAUAUAAAUAUUAUAUGCUUCCGGUUCUUUUAAAAUUU